GGUGAGGGUGCUUCGCACCAUGUUCUCUGAGUGCCAGCUGGGUGCAGUUUUGGAAAUGUUCCUCCUGUAAAUGGACACAUCAUGAACAUUUGGGAAGUGAUCCUGGCUUUCUUGGUUGUGGUCCUGAUCCUCGUGUCGUUGCUGUCCAACGUGCUGGUGCUGAUCUGCUUCUUGUACAGUGCAGACAUCCGCAAACAGGUCCCGGGAUUAUUUAUCCUCAACCUGACAUUCUGUAACUUGUUGAUGACUGUUUUGAACAUGCCCCUGACCCUGGCUGGAAUCAUUUACAAGAAUCAGCCUGGAGGAGAUCAGAUUUGCCAUGUUGUGGCUUUCCUGGAGACUUUCUUGACCACUAACUCCAUGCUGAGCAUGGCAGCGUUGAGCAUAGACAGGUGGAUAGCUGUGGUCUUUCCUCUGAGUUACCAUUCCAAAAUGCGUUACAAAGAUGCUGCUCUCAUACUGAGCUACACGUGGUUACACUCUGUGUCCUUUCCAAUAGUGGCAGCUUCUCUCUCCUGGGUGGGUUUCCAUCAUCUCUACGCCUCCUGCACCCUGUACAACAAGAGACCGGAGGACAGGACACAAUUUGUGAUUUUCACAGGGUUCUUUCACACCCUCAGCUUUCUCCUCUCCCUCAUAGUCUUGUGUUUCACAUAUCUGAAAGUGCUGAAGGUGGCACGAUUUCACUGUAAAAGGAUUGAUGUGAUCACUAUGCAGACCCUCGUGCUCCUUGUGGACAUCCACCCCAGCGUAAGAGAACGUUGUCUAGAAGAGCAAAGGAGACGGAGGCAACGGGCAACAAAGAAAAUCAGUACCUUUAUUGGCACUUUUGUACUUUGUUUUGCACCUUAUGUAAUUACAAGACUGGUAGAAUUAUCUGUAGACAAUAUCGAUUCUCACUGGGGAGUCAUUUCCAAGUGCUUGGCAUACAGCAAAGCUGUUUCAGACCCUUUUGUGUACUCCUUACUACGACAUCAGUACAAGAAGACGUGGAAAGAUAUCAUUAACAAAAUCUUAAAAAGGAGCUCCAUAAAUUCUUCUGCCCUCACAAAUGAAUCGCACAGUCGGAAUACAAUGCACACCAAUGAAUGA